UUGCUAUGGAAACCAGAGGGGGCUGCAGGAGCCCUGGGAGAGCCUGGGAUGCUGAUGAUGUCAACAGGGGCAGCAAAGGCACUUGGCCCCAAGUGAUGACAUCAAGCCCUGGGUUGACAUCACCAGGCAACCCCCUCCCCAUGAACCCAGCCCUGAUGAUGUCGCCCAGGAACCUUUUUAUGUUACCCAUUGCCUCCUGUUGCUACAGCAAUGCCACUGACUUCUAUUAAUUGCUUCUUGGCAAUGGUACCAUUGAAACUUUCUUGUUGCUAUGGCGAUGACUAGAGGGCAGGAGAGGCUCCCUCUAAUAUGGUGGCUUUCCACGGAACCACACCUGCCCGUAGUAAAGAUGGCGUCUAGGGAUGCCUGAAGACUACAUUUCCCAAAAUGGCGCUCGGCCACCCUUUCCCGUAGUCAGGAUGGCGGCCACUUCUCAUUUCCCUUUUCAAAGAUGGUGGCCCCACGGCCAAGCUUUUCUCCAGGGCCUCUGGCCAGUACCUAUUUCAAAAUGGCGGCAGAACAGACAGCUAUUGCCCACUUGUAAGAUGGCGGCCGCCCCUUUCCCAGUCCUAUUCAAACACGCAAGCCGCGGUUGUCUGGUUCCAUCCGCAACAUGGCGGACGCUGCCCCUUCUCAAGAUGGCGCCUCCGCGCCUUCCGGCAUGAGGGCGGAAGUGGGGCAGACGACGCCUGCCCGGAAGUAGCGUUGACCUGUGCUGCGAUGGCGGACCCAGCGUGGCUCAGCGACGACAAUGGGGACGGCGACAGCAGCAGCACGGAGGAGAUGGAGGGGGACGGCGAGCCGCAGGCGCCCGCGCAGCGCGUGUAUGUGCCGGGCCGCGCGCCACCGCCGGGGCAGAGCGAGGAGCUGGUCAUGGACGAAGAGGCCUAUGUGCUCUACCAGCGCGCGGGCACCGGUGCCCCUUGCCUGAGCUUUGACGUGGUGCGGGACACGCUGGGCGAGGGGCGUGACUGCUUCCCCCUGUCCCUACUGCUCUGUGCCGGCACACAGGCUGAGACCGCCCAGGCCAACAGGCUGCUGGUGAUGAAGAUGCACAACCUUCAUGGCACACGGAAGGUUGCCUCUGAGUCCGAAAGCAGUGAGAGUGAAGAAGAGGAGGAGGAGGAUAAGAAACCCCAGCUGGAACUGGCCAUGGUCCCCCACUAUGGAGGCAUCAACCGUGUCAGGGUGACCUCACUGGGCAGCGCCCACAUAGCGGCUGUGUGGUCUGAGAAGGGCCAAGUGGAAAUCUAUGACCUGAAGUGUCCCCUGGCGGCCCUGUCCGACCCACAGACCAUGGUCACUUUUCUGCGGGAGGAGCAGGCAAAGAUCAAGCCUCUCUUCUCCUUUGCAGGACAUAUGACUGAAGGGUUUGCCCUGGACUGGUCUCCUAAAGUGGCAGGUCGUCUCCUCACAGGUGACUGCAACAAGAACAUUCACUUAUGGAUGCCCAAGGAGGGUGGGACAUGGCAUGUGGACCAGCGCCCUUUCACUGCCCACAUGGCCUCUGUAGAGGACCUGCAGUGGUCACCCACUGAAGCCACAGUGUUUGCCUCAUGUUCGGCCGACGCCUCAGUGCGAAUCUGGGAUGUGCGGGCAGCACCAAGCCAGGCCUGCAUGCUGACAGCCAGCCAGGCCCAUGACAGUGAUGUCAACGUGAUCAGCUGGAACCGCCACGAGCCUUUCAUUGUCAGUGGCGGCGAUGAUGGCACCAUCCGCAUCUGGGACCUGCGCCAGUUCCAGAAAGGCACCAGCGUGGCCACAUUCAAGCAGCACACAGCACCUAUCACCUCAGUGGAGUGGCACCCCACGGACAGUGGGGUGCUGGCAGCUGCAGGGGCUGACAACCAGGUGACACAAUGGGAUCUGGCUGUGGAGCGGGACCAAGAGGCUGAGGGGGAGAGUGAUGACCCGGCCUUGGCCUUCAUCCCCCCGCAGCUGCUAUUCGUGCACCAGGGCGAGACCGACAUCAAGGAACUGCACUGGCACCCGCAGUGCCCUGGUGUCCUCAUCACUACCGCCCUAUCCGGCUUCAACAUCUUCCGCACCAUCAGCGUGUAACCCUGGGGAGGGGCAGCUGGGGCACAGGGACAGCCCCACACAGCCUUGGGACUAGGCUGCCAGAGCCAGGGAAUGGCCAAGUGCCCCUCCAUCAGCACCGCGUUGCCUUCUCUCCCUCCCAGGACUGUUUUGGCUGCCGUUGCACAGGAUACCUGCACACUCUCUCUUAAACCAGCAUCCAUGCUAUGCAUCCUCCUUCCCUUCCACCUUGCAGAUGAUGUCUCCCAGUUACAGGCUUCUACCAUUGCACAGAAAAGGGAUGUUGAGCAAUUUGGGAGAUCAGUGUUGUGUCCCCCCACCCCCACUUCCUUUUCUGUUGGUGCUGCUGGUAGAUACUGUUACACAGAAGGUGGGGGGGUCUGUUUUUAUAGUAGGUGUAUAACACCCUCCUUGUCUUUUUCAGGUGCCAGUUGCUACCAUUAUCCAGAAUGGAGUUGGGGUGGGAGGAGCAGGCAUAACCACAUACAUUGGCUGGAAAGAAGGGGUGGAGGGGACUGUCUGGAGAGUCAGCAGCAGUUAGGAGUGUCUCUUCCCCACCCCCUUCUCUCUGCAGAUGGAGUAGCCAUGGAUUGUAUGAAGCAGCAUCAGCGUCAUCUCUCCUCCCCACUGGGCAGUGGUUACUACCAUUGUGCAGAAUAAGGGGACUAGCAAAACUGUCUAAUUCCGCCCCCCUUGCUUAUGGACUGUGCCAGCUUUCACAGCACUGAAUGGGGGAAUCCGCUAGCUCAGCUGGGAGUGGAAACUUGCAUUCAGCAUCAGGGAACCUUGUGUCCAACUGGAGCUGGGCUGCACCUUGUCCUGAAGAGCUGUGGCCUCGGUGAUGCUGACCAGUAGUUUACCAACCAUAUAUUGUACUUGGGUCAUUCAGAGUGUGACAAGGGGGGGGGGGUGUGCAAAUUCUCAGUUCCCUUCUUUAUGCUGGGAUCCUUCCAGAUGGAUCCUUCCAGACCUGGUAGCCACCACUCGUAUGGGGGUGGGGACAAAACCUCUCUCUGGUUUCAGUUUUCCCAUUUAAAGAGGGAACACAAAUUUUAUUCAAAUUCCACCCCCACAGUAGUUGGGUUGCUCCAGAGCCGGUGAGAACAGGCACUACCACCUGCAGAGGGGGUGUGGGGAAGGCAUCCUCUUCCUGGCAAUCCCUUCUGUUCCCCAAGGAAGGAAGUUGGAAUAGUCCAACUCCCUUCUUGGGUACUACCAUUUUGCACUCCCUUGCAGGGAGUGGGGGACUUACUCCCUUGAAUGAUAGUAAGGGAAAGGCCCUGCCCCAUGCCCAUAGGGGGUACAAGCCCUAGGACAGGACACUGGCCACAUGAAAGCCAAGGAGGGGUCUGUGGCAUAGGUGCAGGGACUGAACCUGCCUGGCCCCUGGGGCAGGGGGGUGCAGACAGCCUGGCUCGAGCAUGGUGGGAAGAGCUGUGCAUGGCCCUGCAGGGAACCUUUGGAAGCCAGGCCUGUCCCACUACCCCCUCCCUGGCUGGGGGGCACAGACCAGCCCUGCUCAGCUACAUGUCAACUGCCCCAGGGAUGAGGAGGGGCUUCUACAGCUGUCUCCAAAGGCUGCCUCAGGUGUUGUUUUUUUGUUUUUGGGGUUUGGUUGUUUUUUUUGGGGGGGGGGGGAGUAUGGAGAGGGAGGUCACACAUAGGAUGAGCCAUGAGUGUACUGAAAGAUUCUUUUUUUGUCCAGAUGUUUUAAUUAAAAUACAAAAAUAUUAA